AUGGUAUUAGGACUUUACAAAACAUGGUUAUAUGCUGUAGAGGAUAGUGAAAUGGGGGUUCAUGUUCCUAAUAUUAUCGACCAUAAUGAAUCACAAACAGUAGAUUGUGAGGUUGCAAUUGAUUGUAGUUCAAAUGAGAGUGAAGAUGAGACUCUUCUUUCAGAUAAUUUAGAAGUAAUUGCACUACAAAAAAAGAGGGAGAUUUCUGAAAAGUUAAUUGAAUACAAAGAGCUAUACAAAGGAAUGACAUUCAAAGAUAUACCUGAGGCUAGAAAAGUGAUAAAUUUGUAUUGCUUAGCCAAUUGUUAUGGUCUAAAACAACUCAAGAGUGAUAGCAUUAGACUGAGGUACAUGUGUGAGGUUGGCUGCCCCUUUGUAUGUCUAAUUUCCGAGGAUAAGAAUGGUGGUAGGGUUAAGAUCAAAACUCUUAAGUCAAAACACAAGUGUAACCCUGCAUAUGACAACCCUAAAAUAGACAAAAAUACCAUAGCAGAAUAUUUUAAGAACAAGUUGCAAGAGAAUCCUAUGAUCAAAGUUAAGGAGAUGAAAAUGACCUUAAAAAAUACUUUCAACAUCAAUGUUAGCCAUGCAAAGUGUAAGAGGGCCAAGAGAAUGAUACUUGAAUCCCUUGCUGGUAGUUUUACUGAUGAGUAUAAUAAGAUAGAGGCAUAUGCCAAUGAAUUGAGGCUGAGUAAUCCAGAGAGUGAUGCCAAAGGUCAGCUUUUAGUUGAUGUUGCUCUUGAUUCAAUGAAUCAUUUUUAUCCUAUUGCUUGGGCUGUUGUGGAUAAAGAAACAAAGGUCACCUGGACCUGGUUCUUGACAUUGUUGAACAAUUCAUUAGACCUCAAGCUAGGGGAAGGAUACACAUUCAUGCCAGACAUGCAGAAGGGCUUGAUUGAGGCAGUUCAGGCAAUAGUUCCUGAUGCACACCACAGAUACUGUGUGAGGCACAUAGAGGCUAACUGGUGUAGAAGAUGGGGUGCUGGGGAUUUCAAAAAAAAGUACUUGUGGUGGUGUGCAUAG